AUACACAAUAACAACAUUAACAACACGAUAUCUUAUUAUUUUAUUACAAUACCUAUUUAAAUAAACUAACAAAAUGGAUACAUCUCAUUUGUGCCGGAGCUGUAUGAAGGAAGUGGCAUCGUGGGAGCUUGAGAAUUUCGACCAGCGGGCCGUCUACAUGUUCACACUCUGCACGAAUAUUCAGAUACCGGAGAAUGAUAUACUACCCAAGCAAUUCUGCUAUGAUUGCACAAUAAAAAUAGAAUCAUCGUACACAUUUAUAAAAGAGGCUCAACAUGUGAACGAGACUCUCACGAACCUCCUGACUCAACGGACCGUUAUUGUGGAGCCCAUAAAGCGUUCAGAACACAACGAUGAACCAGAUGUUGAAGUUUCCACGUUUGAACCUGAAGACACAAUAACCGAUGAACCUACAUGUGACACAACAGAAAAUAAAGUAAAAACACAAUUAAAGAAAGAGUCUGUGUCGCAUCAGAAACAUGUCUGUACUGUGUGUAAGAAGAUGUUUCUGUCUAAAGUUUGGUUUGAGAAGCAUAUGAGGAAUCAGCAUAAUGGGAAAGUUCUCAGCUGUCCGCAAUGCCCUAAGACAUUCCAGCGUCCAUCCCAGCUAUCCGUCCACGCGGUGACGCACUCGUCUGAGCGGCGGUACGCGUGCUCCUGCGGCAAGCGCUACAAGCGACGCAAGGAGCUGGCACAACACGCGCGCACUCACGCGGCGGCGCGCCCCUACCAGUGCGACCACUGCAACAUGAGUUUCAAGUUGAAGAGUGUGUUGAAGAGCCAUCUAGUAGUACAUAAACCCGACAAGCCCCAUCUCUGCUACAUCUGCGGCUGGAGUUUCAAACAGGCGGGCAACCUCGCCGUGCACAUGCGCACGCACACGGGCGCGAAGCCCCACGGGUGCGCGUGCGGCUUUCGCGCGGCGUGCGCGUCCAGCCUGCGCCGCCACGAGGCGCGCCACCGCGCACGAGCGCUCGCCUGCCGCAAGUGCGACAAGCGCUUCUAUGACAACACUGCUCUGACUCGGCACUUGCGCUCCCACACCGGCGCGCGGCCGUACCAGUGCCCGACGUGCGCGCGCUCGUUCGCGGACAGCUGGAAGCGCAAGCUGCACCUCAUGCGCGCGCACCGCGUGCCGCUCGCGCGCAUCCCGCGCAUGCGCGCCGACCCCAGCGUGCGCGUGUGCCCGUGAAGCCUGUCUACUGCGCCACUGACUAAUUAAUCGUCAUAAUUUUAAGGCGUUUUAAAAGUUACAUUGCUGAAUAUUGGCCAUUUUAGGUAAAAUCCGUCGCACGCGUUCGAGCGUUAUACAAUUUUUCGUUGUCCGCUCACCCGCUCCGUGC